UUCUUCUAUUCAGGUUCAAUUGUGACCCAACAUGGCACAACUCAACCUCACAUUAGUCAUUUUCCUCUCUCUCCUCUUUUCAAUUCUUGCCACCCCAGUUGAGCCAUCAACAUUGACAAGGCACAAAAAUUCCCAAACAAUGACCUAUAUAGAGUCCUCUUGCAAUGGCACCCUCUAUCCUAAUCUUUGCAUCCGUUGUUUGGCUCAAUAUGUCAAAUCCACCAUAAAUAGUCCACAACACUUAGCCCAAUAUGCAUUGUCGGUGAGUCUCUCUAGAGCAUUACACACAAGAGUGUACCUUUUGAAAGUGGCCAAAGAACUUAAAGCCAUCAAAAAUAGCAAAAGAGAGUAUCAAAUUGUUCAAGAUUGUGUGAAUCAAAUCACUGAUAGUGUGAACCAAAUUAGUCAAGCUAUGAAAGAAUUACGUAAGUUGAACAAACGUGAGUCCACCAUCGAUGAUAAUAUGUUGUGGCACAUAAGCAACGUUGAGACAUGGGUGAGUACUGCCUUAACAGAUGCUAGUAGUUGUGUAUACUCAUUUCCUGGAAAUAGGAUGAGUAAGAGAGCAGCUGCUAUUAAGGUCAAGGCCAUGGAUGUGGCGGAACAUACUAGUAAUGCAUUGUUCUUGUUUCAUAAAUAUGCAUCUAGGUAUCAGAAAGCAGCAACUAGAACCACCAAGAAGCCCUAGAAGCUAAAAAGAUAUAAACCUAUGUAUUACCACCCAUUGUUUUUUCAUGUACAUGAUACGUGUUUUUUCUUUGGGUGGAUUAUAAUCUCUA